AUGGGACUUGGUGGUACCUUCAGGCCUUCGCAUCUGGCUGCAAACGGUGAAAACUGGGUCACCUCCUCUGACUUAUGCCUGUCUGAUUUGCACUUUGAGCCCGGCAUAUUCCUGGGCUCUGCGACACAUCUCCUGGCAAAUCCAAAUUUAACGUCAGGCCACCUUUUCCGGGCGGAUAUCCUGUUUGACAGCGCCGGUAUACUGAAAUCUCCAGAAGAAAAAGAAAGAGCCGUCCUUGGCCCUCAAAACAACACUACCAAUGCCCAUGACCAGCUAGCCGUUGAGCGACUACCUGCUCCAGAUUUUGAUGGAUAUACCUUAACAAGGACUAUUCUGAGGAGGUUUAUCCCUAGAAAGAAAAUUGAUUCUGAAUUGGAUCAAACCUGCCAUUUUUAUUCACAUAAAAGCUUCCAAGACAACCAGGGCAUUGAAUUGGAGAGAUGUCUGCUGAUAUAUCUGCCCCAUUUUUCCUCGGAGGAACAGGUUCCCUUUUACCAUCCUUCCAUUCGAGCGCUGGGAUUUCUGUACGAAUUCUCUGCACCAGUGCCAAAUAACGCUCAUAGUGCGACGACCAAGGGCACGGGAGUUUUGUCACUCCAUUUCAUACCAUUUUCGACUGGGAUUCCAGAAUCUAUACCAUACCGCCUCGAGCGUACGUUCCUGGCGCUUUUGACCGCACAGGUUCGUCUUGCUCGCAGCCCGGCAGCUACAUCUAACCCGACCGGAAGCAACCCGCGGCCAUUCAAAGAUAACAUUAUCCCUCAGCAUGUGGUCCAAACAACAUAUGCGAAACUAAAAGAUAAAUAUGCUUCGACCCUGAUUCGAAAUUGGGUCGAGGUAACUGAGCCUUCGAAACAUGUGUUUGAAGACAUUUCAAUAGCGGCUUUCUUAAUUGAACUAUGGAAGAAGAUGUAUCGACCAAUUUCUUUGAACGGACAUGAUGCAAGUGAGGAGAGCGGAGAAGGUGCUGCUUCUUUUCCAGGUUUUGUAGAUAUAGCAUGCGGCAAUGGUGUGCUAGUUUACCUCCUUCGCGAGGAGGGCUAUACAGGCUGGGGCUUUGAUGCACGACGGAGAAAAAGCUGGGAAACAUAUCCACCUUCAACCCAGAAAUGCCUUAAAGAAAGCAUAUGCAUACCAUCAAUAUUUCGCUACGCUUCCCCGACAGCGUCCCAAACGAUCCCGGCUAACAUCGAGACAAAUGACGGAAUAUUCAAAAAAGGAACAUUCAUCAUAUCGAACCACGCCGACGAACUCACAAUCUGGACUCCUCUCCUUGGGGUACUAGCCGAUCCGACGUCGCCAUUACCAUUCCUCUCCAUCCCUUGCUGCUCACACUCUAUAUCGGGUGCUAGGUUUCGAUACCCACCCCCGAAGAGACGAUCUGCGACAACCACGUCGCUAUCCGCUGAAACCGAGAGUCUUAGCGAACACGAUCAAAACCCCCAACCCGCCACCGGUGACCUGAAAGCUCUCCGCGGCAUGAAAUAUUCUGAACAUGACAAGCUCGAUAUAUCAUCUUCCACGUACGCUGCUCUAACCGCCAAACUCAUGAGUAUCGCAACAGAACUCGGAUACGACGUUGAGAAGACGAUGAUGCGAAUUCCCAGUACACGAAAUAUCGGGGUCAUCGGCGGGUUAAAGGCACACAAAAUGAACCAAGAAAAAUCGAACAGUCCACGUCUAGGUGAGAGUGAGAUGGAGACACGAGUCCGACAAAUCGUGGAACGGGAGGCGGAAGCGGAUAAUGGGCUUGCAGCCGCGGCGCGGAUUUGGAUCGAAAGGUCGAUGAAGUUGCAUCGUGGUCAAGGGAGUGGAAGUCGAAGGGCGAGCGAAUGCGUCAGGGAAGGUCAAGCAGCGAGACUCGGCCAUGAACAGCUUGUGAAGGAGCAGGGUCCCAAUUUGCAGAAGCAAGCCCUAGUUGCAAGUCGACUCGACGUAGAGGCGGCUAAAUAUUUGUACUAA